AAAACGGUACUAGCAAAACCGCCCGUUCAGAAUAAACCGAUAAAUCUCAAAUCUCAACUCCACUCCAGACUCCAGAACCCCGAGACCGAGAGAGGGAGAAGAAAUGGAAGCUUAGCGCAACAGGUAAGGAGAUGGGUAGGUCCUCUUUACUGAGUCGACUCGUUUUUCUCUUCUUUCUUGUUUGGUCUGCGGCAGCAGCAAUAGCAGCAACUACCGUCACCAAGGAUGCAAGCAGCAGUGCAUUGGCUUCAAGAGCAAGAAGACCUGGGUUUCUCUACACAAGACUCAGGGGAAGAUGCACUCCUCAAUACUGGAGCAGCAGAAGGGAAUCAUGGCCAAGAAUGAUUCCACAAGCAUCCUCAGUAUCAAAGGUGUUCGGGACACAGGCAUUAGAGAGGUACCGAUCGGACCUAACAUUAUUAGAAGCCACAGAGAGAAACGAUGACAGCAACAACGCCUUCUUUUGGCUGCUGAAGCAAUCAAGCGCGGCCCUGCUUAACUCAUAUGCGAGAAAGAACUACCCUUACUCUGCUUGGGAAGUGAAGACUCUCCUCAUCCAAGCCCUUGUCUCAGAAGAAGCUGCUGCCCUUCAAGCCCAACGCUUUUCCCUUGCAAAUGAAGCCUGCACUUAGCUGGCCUUUCUGCCCAACACAGAGCCCAACCCUGUCCCCUGCAUAGAAACCUUUUGUUAUAUUAUUAUGUUACAUAGAACACUAGAUUAUGUUCUAUUACUAGACUUGACGGAUAUGUUGGUUGUGAAGUAUUAGAAAAACUGUAGAUUAAUUAUGUUGCAUUUGCAUAAAAGAUUUUGCUGUGUGUCUGGCUUUUCAUGGCUA